CAUAUCAAUGGUACUUGUUUACAUGGAUGCUCUAAAGGACACAAGGGGCCGGGAUGCAAGAAUAAAUGUGAUGGUGGAAUGUAUGGUAUUAACUGCAAUCAAGUCUGUGGUCACUGCUUAAAUUAUGAACAAUGCCAUUAUAUCAACGGUACUUGUUUACAUGGAUGUUCUCAAGGAUACAAAGGAUUUCUCUGCAAUGCUGUUUGUGAUGGUGGUUUGUAUGGAAACAACUGUAACCAAACCUGUGGACAUUGUAUUAAUGAUAUUCAGUGUAACCACGUCAGCGGUUUAUGUUUUGAAGGGUGUUCUGUAGGAUUCAAGGGAUUGCUUUGCAACAAAGCAUGUGACGGUGGAAUGUACGGUGUAAAUUGCAAUCAAGUCUGUGGUAAUUGUCUUAAUAAUGAACAGUGUCAUCAUAUCAACGGUACUUGUCUACAAGGAUGUUCUAAAGGAUACAAGGGAUCUCUCUGCAAUUCUGCGUGUGAAGGUGGAAAGUAUGGUUACAACUGCAAUCAAAGCUGUGGCCAUUGUUUUAAUAAUACACAGUGUAACCAUCUUAACGGAACUUGUCCAGAGGGAUGUUCUGUAGGAUACGAAGGGCUUCUUUGUACAAAUGUUUGUGGACGAUCAUACUGGGGAGUGAAUUGUAAAGAGACCUGUAGUACAGAAUGUGUCAGCCAGACCUGUCCUCACGAGUCAGGACAUUGUCUAUCCUACGUGCAGGCACAGUCUUGUGACACAUAUAAGAAUGACUACACUAUCACCAUUACAAGUGUGGUGGUCUCUACUUUAAUUGUUUUGAUGGGAACUCUCCUAACCUUUGUCAUCUGGAGAAAAAUACAUCGACAGAAAGGGACGGUUUUAGACACCCCAAAUGACAAAGACUAUUACAACGAAUUCCCAUCUGUUGAUAAAGGAGGUAAAAUCAAAUAUACAAAUGUUAAAGGAAUUUAUUUUACAUAUGAGAACAUGGCAGUCUUUAUAUGAAAAUAAAUGCCCUUUACAUUUGUAUAUCUGACAGUGAUAAAACAAUGGUGUU